AGCUCGGGGCCCGGCGGCGGCGGCGGCGCAGCGAAGAUGGCGGAGUCCGGCGGGGCCGAGUUCGCCGCGGAGCGGCCGAGCAGCAUGGCUGACAAGAACAGCACCCUGAAAUGCACGUUCUCUGCUCCUGGCCACAGCACCACUCUACUGCAGGGACUGGCCUCGCUCCGAGCUCAGGCUCAGCUGCUUGAUGUCAUCCUCACUAUAAAUAAUGAAGUGUUUCAGGUUCAUAAAGUUGUCUUGGCUGCCUGCAGUGACUAUUUCAGGGCAAUGUUCACAGGCGGGAUGAGAGAAGCCAGCCAAGAUGUGAUCGAACUGAAAGGUGUAUCUGCAAAAGGACUGAAACACAUAAUAGACUUUGCGUACAGCGCUGAAGUGACUCUUGAUCUUGACUGUAUUCAGGAUGUGCUGGGAGCUGCUGUCUUCCUCCAGAUGGUGCCCGUCGUGGAGCUCUGCGAAGAAUUUCUGAAGUCUGCCAUGAGCGUAGAAACGUGCCUCAAUAUCGGGCAGAUGGCCACCACCUUUAGCCUCGCAUCCUUGAAGGAAUCAGUAGAUGCAUUCACUUUUAGGCAUUUCCUCCAGAUCUCUGAAGAAGAGGAUUUCCUCCACCUGCCACUGGAGCGCCUUGUUUUCUUCUUGCAGAGCAAUAAGCUGAAAAGCUGCAGUGAAAUAGACCUCUUCCGUGCUGCCGUCCGCUGGCUGCAAUAUGACCCAACCCGCCGUGCCAACGCCAGCCAGGUCCUCUGCCACAUCCGCUUCCCCCUCAUGAAGUCCUCGGAGCUGGUGGACAGCGUCCAGACCUUGGACAUCAUGGUGGAAGAUGUCUUGUGCCGGCAGUAUUUGCUGGAAGCGUUCAAUUACCAGAUCCUGCCCUUUCGGCAGCACGAGAUGCAGUCCCCUCGCACCACCAUCCGCUCGGAUGUCCUGUCCCUCAUCACCUUUGGCGGCACUCCCUACACCGAUAACGACCGCACCGUGAGCUGCAAAGUCUACUACCUGCCGGAUGCCAGCGCGCGCCAGUUUAAGGAGCUGACGGAAAUGGAGGUGGGCAGCAGCCACUCCUGCGUGGCCGUGCUCGACAACUUUGUCUACAUCGUAGGAGGGCAGCACCUGCAGUACCGGAGCGGUGAGGGAGCUGUGGAUAUCUGCUACCGUUACGACCCACACCUGAACCAGUGGCUGCGUAUCCAGGCCAUGCAGGAGAGCAGGAUCCAGUUCCAGCUCAAUGUCCUCCACGGUAUGGUGUAUGCCACCGGUGGGAGGAACCGCUCGGGGAGCUUGGCCUCCGUAGAGAAGUAUUGCCCCAAAAAUAACGAGUGGACUUACGUGUGCUCCCUGAAACGCAGGACGUGGGGGCAUGCCGGAGCCACGGUAGGAGACAAAUUGUACAUAUCAGGUGGGUACGGCAUUUCGGUGGAAGACAAAAAAGCCCUGCACUGUUAUGACCCCGCCGUGGAUCAGUGGGAGUUUAAAACCCCAAUGAACGAACCCAGAGUCCUGCAUGCCAUGGUCAGUGCAAAUAAUAGGAUUUAUGCUCUCGGAGGCCGCAUGGACCACGUUGACCGUUGUUUUGAUGUUUUGGCUGUGGAAUAUUACGUGCCUGAAACAGACCAAUGGACAACGGUGAGCCCCAUGCGCGCAGGUCAGUCGGAAGCUGGCUGUUGUUUACUAGAAAAAAAGAUUUAUAUCGUAGGAGGGUACAAUUGGCACCUGAACAAUGUGACAAGCAUUGUGCAGGUGUAUAACACGGAAACUGAUGAAUGGGAAAGGGACCUACAUUUUCCAGAGUCUUUUGCUGGGAUAGCGUGCGCUCCCGUUAUACUGCCGCAGGUAACGACCCAGAGAUAACCGCGCGCGACCGCGUCGGCCCAUGAAAUCGCCUCGUGUUGCAUGUUAUCGGGAUGCUGUGUUGUUUCUUUGUUGUUUGCAAAUGGUAUUGUGCAUUUUGUGGGCGAGGGAAGGAGAAAAAUAGCUUGCGUUCCCUCCUCCAUAAAGUCCCUCCUCCUCUUAUGUAGUGUUCUGGCAAGCGUGCUUCAUCAGAAGCACUUGUCAGCUAGUUAGACUUAACAGAUGUUACAGCUGGAAAAAGCUUUUCUCUUUUUUUUUCUUUUUGGUGUGGGGGGGUGCGUUUUGCCAACUUUUCGUAUUUUUAACAAUGUUACACAUUGCAAACACUGACAGCUCAGGAGUAACUAAGUACUGUGGUACGUUUCAAAGAGUUCAGCUGUGAUUUUUAUUAAUAGCUCCAAAAAAAUCAUUGUACGUCGCUUUGAUUUUCAGCAAACAAACAAACAAAAAAGACCAAACCAAAACCUGUAUAACAUACUGACCUCCAGAAGCAAUAAGGGGACAGUGGGAGCUGGGAGAGCUCAGGUGCUUGGGUUAUGAAAGCAUAUUCUUGCUUUCCAAAGGUGACUGGAUUUCCCGCCCCCUCCCCCUAAAAAGGGAGUACUGAUCCCUGCACACCUCUGGUCUCCGUUGGUUCUUCACUGCUUGGAUCAACGCUGCAGUUGCAGCUCCCUUCCUCGCCCCCUCCAGAUCGCAGCAUGAUACUCUAGGCCAGACCUUCUCCCUUAACUGGGGCAUCCAGAGUUUGCACCACUAAAGCCAUGUUGAUAGCUUGAUGACGUAUAAGCAGGCAUGAUUUUUUUUUAAUAACUGCCAAUAACUUGUUUGGCUUUACUGGCAAUAAGAGCUCCGCAGCUGUUCGUCUGGGCUGACCCCCUAAAGCAGAGAGCACCCAGAGUUUCUGGUGUAGGACUCCGCUGCCUUUGCCCUUCCCAUCGCUCCAACACACGUUCAUCCAAACUCUUUUCGUACAGUAAAGGAGGUGGGUGCUACUUCUUCCUAAGCCUGAAGGUUUCCUCCCUUGACUUGUAAAUAAGACACUUGGCAUCACGAGAUGAUGGAAGUCUAAGUGGAAUGGGGUUUUUGUUGUUGUUGCCAGUGGAUAUUUUAAAUUAAGAGAUUAAUUUUAAGAUGACACUGUCAUUUUUGUAAAAUCUGUGUUUACUGCACAGAACACUGCUACUUCCUCAAUUUUCCUCCAAGCUGUUUUUUCCUAAUUAAUUUGACUGAUUAAUGAAUUGAAAGUUUCUCCUUUUAUCAGGUAUUCUGUUUCAAGGGCUUUGUUUUGUAUCUGUAGAAGUUUGAUUUUGAUGUAUGCCGUCCUCUUUUUAGAGGAACCGUUGCAUUCUGCUGUUAAAUAAAUACUGUGCUGUAACCUUUAGAGACAAUAUAUAAUGUCUGCUCUGCAAAUGAAUCAUCGAUCAGGUCUGUGUAAAGCAUGGACUCCAUACCUCAGAUUCACUUAAAGGUAUUUUUCCUCUGAUAAUGAAAUCGAAGCACCUUUGGCUUGGUUAAGCUCUGCAUUCUCAAUUUUAGAUAAAACGAUGCAUAGUUUCAUCUGUUCCUAUCUAUUUGCUGGUUUGCCAAUAAUAAAUUAAUGAAAAGUACUUGUUGUUGUAUAGUAUGCUGAAGUCAGCGGGCAAGCUCCGCUUUCUAGCUCUUAGGCAGUUAAUUUACUCCAUUCUCUGUUCAUUUGGUCUGGCAUAGAAGCUAGAAACACUGCAGAAUGGUCUUGGCAGAUAACAAGCGCAUUUUGAAAGGAUGAAAUGUAACUUGAUACAAGCUUCAAAGUUACAAAAUAACGGAUUUUCUGUUUUUAAUGCUUCCAUAUGUUUAUGAAAAGGGUACUCUCUUAGGUUAGUAACGAACAGAAGGUUACGUGCUUUCCUAUUUGCGGAAUACAAUUAAUCCUCUUACGAGUGUGUCAUUCCUUCAUCAUUGCCUUUCUAAAAUACUUAAGUAUUCUUCCCGAUGUUAUUUAAAUUUCCCUACCAGAAGCAUUUCUAUGGCAGCGAUCGAUGGUUUGGGUGUUCUCUAAUAACGGAGUUUUUCUGAACGUGCAGCCUUAGUGCUCAUAAGCCACACCGCAUCAGAUGGCUGGAGAACCCACGCGAUGACUGUGGUUGGCAUCUCUUCGUAAGGAAGCCAUGCUUUAUUUUUCACUUGAAGAUUCGAAGGUACGUGUGUGUCGGGGGGUAAAACAUGUUUGGCUUCGCUUUUAAGAUCAACCUUGCGAAAAUAAACGUAACCUCUGUAUUAAUUCAUAUUGGAACGAUGGCUUUGCAGACGGGAGGAUACACAAAGCCGUUCUGUAACUGUAUUUAAUAAACCAACUCUUGCCUGCCACACAGCAAAGUAGCCUGGUACCCGCCUUCUCAUUCCCUGGCACUGCGGGGCGGGUGCUGGGAAAGGCUUCCACGUUCUUUUGGUGAGACUUGCGACAGGGCGCUGCUGUGCACCACCUCUCAUUCUUACUGGAACGUUCUUUACAUAGCAAAAUAAAUAAUUAUUUUUCAUAAUGUUAGCUAGAAAGACUCUAGCGGUUCUAAAUUUAGCAGAGACUGGCUAAAAUAUUUGUGGAAGUGCGUAUCAUCCAUAUUGACAAUAAAGUUUGUUUUACUGCUUUGAA